AUGGCGGGGGGCUACUUUGAUCUCCCUGGCUCCGGUCGAUCAAGCGUUUCUGAUAUUGGAGGAACAAACAAAAUAUCUCUCGUGCCGCGUUCUUCGCCAUUACCCCUUUCGACUGAUGAUCCAAAUGGUCAACAAACGUAUCAUAAUGGGAGGAAAUGUGAUGCUGGGUCCCAGGGCAAGCAUCGGAAUGCAGGAAUUCUGGAAAUCACAAAUCCCGUUGAAUUCUCCGUGGACAAGCUCAACCCAAAUGAUCCCACUGGAUCCACCCUCAAACCUCAACUGGAUCGAAGGGGUACGGCGUUACCUCAAAGACCGUUGCCCACGGCCAACAUUCCAUUCAUGCAGGAAAGAGGGCCAGUGGAUCCUCUACCUGGAUCCUCAGUGGAGGAUGGAAUCUCCAGCGCGUCAGCAGGCGUUGCAGGAUUGACGAUCAACCACCAAAACACCUCUAUAAGGACUGAGAGGGACUAUGAUAUCAGUCUGACUGUGAAUGACAAGGGGCGGGCUAUAUCCUGCGCUCAAGAGAGGGCCCAGCGACUUGCAUCCCUUCUCAGUCGUUCUUCUAAAUCUCCGAAGCCAAGCCCACGGUCCAGUCUAGCAUCUUCUAUCGCUUCCACCCCCACUGAGGCUGAGGUGGUAUUUCCCUUGGAAGAUGGCGAUGAGAUUUCUAUGAUCAGCUUCCAUGAGAAACAACAACUCUUCGACAAUUCAACUGAUGAGAAUGAAACGAGCUUCACAGACGGGCAAUCAACCAAAGAAUCAAAAGCACAACCAAAACGUCCAAUGUCCCGCCGCAAUCUCGACCUUCUGAGUCGCCUUCGUGCGCCUCUGGAUUCGGGCUCUAUUUCUGACCAGUCCAGUGAAGAGCGAGACUCCUCCGAAACAUGUGUCGAGCGACCACAUAACGCCCGUGGAGGUGUUCUAUCCUCCAUCCUCAAGCUCUAUGACCAGCAGCCAUACCAGAGCCAUGACCAAUAUGGUCAAUCCAGCGAAAAGAGCUCUGAGUUCAGUGAGACUGGGUCCGCAGAACCGAUUUGGAAACCACACGGCCCACAACGGACCAAGAAAUGGUACCACAAACCAUCCAGUCAAUCAACCCUCGCCUUAAAUGGACCGGGCUCCAAGGCUACAAGACCGGUUGACAUGCUCAAGCGGUCCCACAGCAGUAGUACAGUCGAGAGGGAGAGGCCUCACCGCUGGGGAAAACCACAGCUGGAAGACGAAAUUCGAAUCACAAUUAACAUUGCAGCUCUCCUAUCCCGCCAGAAGUAUUUGAUACGGCUCUGUCGGGCUCUGAUGCGAUACGGUGCUCCAACUCACCGUCUCGAGGAAUACAUGCGCAUGACUGCGCGUGUGCUAGAGAUUGAUAGCCAGUUCUUGUAUAUCCCCGGCUGCAUGAUCAUUUCCUUUGACGACGUAUCUACACAUACGACUGAGGUAAAGGUUGUCCGCUCUGCCCAGGGUAUUGACCUGGGCAAGCUGGCCGAUGUUCACGAGAUCUACAAAGAAGUGAUCCACGAUGUGAUAGGAGUUGAGGAAGCCAUUCGGCGACUCGACUCGACGUCCAAGCGGCCCGGCAAAUUCCACAUACUCUUUCUGAUCUUUGCCCAUGGCUGUGCAAGCGCAUGUGUGGGCCCAUUUGCCUUCAAUGCCCGGCCAAUCGACAUGCCGAUUGCCUUCUUACUAGGUUGUUUGCUCGGCAUUCUGCAACUCAUCCUCUCACCCAAAUCAAGCCUCUACUCAAACGUCUUCGAGAUUUCGGCCGCCGUGCUGACUUCCUUCCUGGCACGUGCCUUUGGAAGCAUUCGAUAUGAAGGCGAGCCACUAUUUUGUUUCUCAGCUCUAGCACAAUCUGCCAUCGCACUUAUUCUCCCGGGGUAUACAGUACUUUGCGCCAGUCUGGAACUCCAAUCCCGCAGCAUCAUCUCUGGGUCAGUACGCAUGGUGUACGCGAUUAUAUACUCUCUUUUCCUCGGCUUCGGCAUCACAGUCGGCACUGCAGUAUACGGAAUACUGGACACGCAAGCUUCAACAGCAUAUACCUGUCCCGCCAGCCCGAUAACCAAUGAAUACAUCCAAACGUUCCCCUUCGUCCUUCUCUUCACAGCCUGUCUGGCUAUAGUCAACCAAGCAAAAUGGAGGCAGAUCCCAGUCAUGAUGGUCAUCUCUCUAGCCGGGUACGCAGUAAGCUACUUCAGCUCCAAGCGAUUCUCCUCAAACACCCAGGUCUCGAACGCACUAGGUGCCUUCGUCAUCGGUCUCAUGGGCAAUUUUUACAGCCGCCUACGACACGGCCUUGCAGCCGCCGCAAUGUUACCUGCAAUCUGGGUCCUUGUGCCCUCCGGCCUUGCGGCUAGCGGCUCUCUCAUUUCGGGGAUCACGUCCGCUGAGGAAAUGACUCAUUCGCCUUAUGCUGUUGUGCGCAAUGGGACUCAGGGCUUUGUCGAUGCGGCGAAGAAUCUUUCUGAGGCCAAUACCCAUGAUCAGAGCUAUGGCGUUGUCUUUGAUAUUGGCUAUGGAAUGGUUCAAGUGGCUAUUGGUACGACUGUUGGUCUUUUCCUUGCGGCCUUGGUGGUUUACCCAUUGGGUAAGAAGCGCAGUGGACUGUUCAGCUUCUAG